GCUAACACUCAGACAAGACAGUACACUACACUACAGGGAACACUGAGCAAGAACAUUGCGUCACAACGUCUCGAUCUCAAGUCUAUAAAGCUCUCGCAAUUAAUCUCAAACACUUUGACGUUUAGAAUUUCAACUCGGGAGUGUGAAUUUAUUGACUGUUGUGGAACCGUAACUUGUUAGUGAAGCACCCAACGCACAUAGUCUAUAUUUAUAGCAGUGUCUGCCUCACUCAUAACCCAACCAAUGAUGUAAGCCGACGCCAUGAAAUCGACCUUUCAACGAAGAAAAUUCUUCACCCACACUGGAACUUUCAUUAAAAUUGCGAAGUUAAAAAAAAAACACUGUCAGAGCUGAGGCUUAUACACUAAUCGCAGCGGUUUGAGAUUGGUUUCGUCGAGCGGUUCCAAGUCGCCGCAAGAUGGACGGAUUGUGGCUGGCAUGUCUGCGGCUAACUUUACUGGUAAUACUCGGUCUUUUCGGAACUGGGAGGACGCAACAAAUAGGAGAUCUCCGUCUAGUCAAUGGACCGUUCCCCAAUGCUGGCCGGGUAGAGAUGUACCUCGGUUUCCGGGGCUGGUUCACGACUUGUGACGGCAGCUGGAGCAUCGACGAUGCCAUCGUGGUGUGCCGGCAGCUGGGAUUCCCGGGGGCUGCGCUAGCGAGAGCCCGGUCCCCAUACGGGGGAGUAGUCGGAAUGCCCCUGGCUAGAGAUUGGAAGUGCAGAGGUGAUGAAAAGCGCUUGGAUGACUGCAGUUACACGGGGAAACCAAGGUGCACUGAUGCAGUAGGGGUCAUCUGUCAAGGACCAGGCUACGUGGGAUGCUACGCCGACUUCUCUGGGAAUUUCAACUCCGUCCUUCGGGAUAGCUACGUAGCCACGGACAUCAUGACUGUAUCGUCUUGCAGGAGCCAUUGCGAGGGCAUCGAUUCCCUCCUGGCCGGCUUGAAGAACGGUCAAGAGUGCUACUGUAGCAAGGAGAGCGGAGUCCUCGCGCCGAGGACCAAGAAGUCAGACGGGCAGUGCCAGAUGCCUUGCGCCGGUAACAUCGAUGAGGUGUGCGGUGGUGGGGCGUCAAUGGUCCGAUCGUCUGGUCCCGAUAGAUUAACGGUGUUUGACGUGACUCUCGGUAAAUGUCAGCCGGGUGAACUAAAAAAUGGGCGUGCCCUGGAUUAUGAAUAUUCAUUCAAUGACGUCAUGCGCUUUGAGUGUAAUGCAGGCUACCGUAUGACGAACGCAUCCGCUCUCCGAUGCGUCAUGCUCCCAGACGGGACCGGAAGCCACGUGACCUGGAACGCCUCGUUCCCAAGUUGCCAAGAAAUAAUAGACACCCAACCCAGGAUGGCGCAGGGGGAAUCGAUUGCUGGAUACGAUUCUAAAGAUCAUCAGUACAUCACAGUAGUAGCAGUCAUGUUUGGAGUACUAGUUUUGUUGUUUUCAGCCAUCAUCUUUCUUUUCGCUAGAAAGAAGAUGUCAGCAAGAAAAGAUGAACGUCGAAGGAUAACAUCUAUCAGGAGCGACCCCCCGCCAAGCUAUCAAGAUUUGGUGCUAGACUACGAACCCAUAGCUGACCCUAAAACCGGUUCAUACCCGAUCCAACCGGAUCAAACCGAUAACGGCCUGUACCAGACUCUUGCUCUGCCACCGGACCGACCACCGAGCUAUGAUUUACGAGUCAAUGUACCGGGCCACCCAACCUACCCAGAAAAACUCUGGAGACAUGCGGCAAAGAGGUGAACUAAUGACCUCCAAGGAUCACGGUUUGGUUUUCGAUCUUGGGAUGACGUCUCAAGAUGAUGUGACGGUUUAUACAUCAGUUGUGUACUAGUAUUAGUUCGGACUCUGCUGAAAUGUGAGAGCCCAGAAAGAUGUCUGUUUGAUGAAAAGUAUUGUGUAGAACCAAUAUUAUUGAUUGUUUCAGCGAAACAAGUUUGAUACUAGAAAGUUGUUUAUUUACCGCCGUUCUAUCGUCAAUCGACUAAAUAAUAAUCCAGCUAAUUUGUCUAUCUUCGUAUGAACUUAGUUAAAAUCCCUUACUUCUAAGUGAAUGAGCUAAUUGAGCUUGGCAAACAUAACUUUAAGUUUGAGUGGGCAGUGCGAGGUCGUUUACCAGCUUAAUGCUCUAAUAGACUAGUUUAAGAAC